AAGACUAGUAAUAUAUAAAGUAUUUAGAAGUUAUGAAACUUGAUCCUAUAAGAUAUCUGGUGAGCUAGCUAGCUAGAGUUACAAUUCACAAAACUUCAGCUAGCUUUCCUCUUCUUGCAGUAGGAUUCAAUAUGGCUUUGGCUUCUUCUUUUAUUUGCUUCCUUCUAUCUCUUCUUCUGAUCUUAGUACAGGCAAAAGGCAGAAACGAUUCUACUUGUCCAAAGUCCUUUUCAUGUGGGAAUCUUACUGACCUGAGCUUUCCUUUCUCUCUUUCCACACAACCUGACUGUGGAAUAAUGCCCAUUUCUGGUUGUGAUGCAAAAACACCUCCAAGAAUCCAACUACUUCCUGGAGGAGAUUGGUAUUAUGCUUUGGCCAAGCUGAAUAAUUAUACAGUUGCGCUUGGGGACCCGAAGCUUAAUGCCGAGUUGAGGCAACAUGAUUGCCAGGCUUUUAACAAAAAUAUCUCCCUUCCAGACUCUCCUUCUAUUUCUUACAAAGUUCUCCCAGCAAAUAUUGUCAACUUCUUCAAAUGCAACAGCACUAGUACUACCCAGAAGAAGAUCAACCAUUUUCCUGUUUAUGAAAAAUACAAUGGUUGUAAAGGCUUUAGCAUAUACUACAAGUUUUUCCAAGAUCGCGAUGAAGACAUUCGAGCAGGCAACCUUACUGUCAACUGUUCACUUAUCAGAUUGCCAGUAAAUUCAAUGCCAGAUGAUGGUGAUGUGUUCAAAAUGUUAAGUCCUGCUUUUCAGGUAGAAUGGAAAUUGUCUGAUGAGUGUUACCAAUGUCACUUUGGUGGAGGUCAAUGCCAGACUGAUAAAACCAAAAAAUUUCACUGUACAAAUCAGUAUAAUCCACAUGCUCAAGGAGCAAAAACGACAAGAAGCAAGUUGCGACGGACUCUGGGCGCAGUUUUUGGUGGAGUAGGAUCGGUGAUGAUAACUUGUGUAGUCGUAUACUUUAUCUGGCGUUACAAGAAGAGUAAAUUUAGUCCAUCCCACUUCCUCUCGACAAAGAAACUAUCAGAUAUUUUUAAUCACGAUGUUGAGGGAGGCAGUAUAUUCUUUGGUAUCCCAGUCUUCCCUUAUUCAGAACUUGAAGAGGCCACAAAUGAUUUCAAUUCCUCGAGAGUACUUGGAGAUGGAGGUUUUGGAACUGUUUACUAUGGAAAACUUAAGGAUGGACGAGAGGUUGCUGUGAAGCGCCUCUACGAGCACAACUGCAAGCGAAUGGAGCAGUUUGUAAAUGAAAUUGAGAUCCUUACUAGACUAAGGCACAACAAUCUUGUCACCCUCUAUGGCUGCACUUCAAGGCGAAGCCGUGAACUACUCCUUGUGUAUGAAUACAUUCCUAAUGGAACUCUUGCUGAUCAUCUCCAUGGUGACAGAGCGAAGGGCGGAUCACUCGUGUGGCCAAUCCGUAUGAACAUUGCCAUUGAAAUUGCUGGAGCAUUGGCUUACUUGCAUGCUUCUGACGUAAUACAUUGCGAUGUCAAGACUAAUAACAUACUUCUUGAUCACAACUUUAGUGUUAAAGUUGCAGAUUUUGGGAUUUCAAGGCUCUUCCCAAAUGAUAUCUCUCAUAUUUCAACUGCACCGCGGGGAACCCCUGGCUAUAUUGAUCCAAAGUAUCACGAAUGUUACCAGCUGACUAGUAAAAGCGAUGUUUAUAGCUUCGGGGUGGUCCUUGUCGAGCUCAUUUCGUCAAUGCCAGCUGUGGAUAUGAAUAGGCAUAGCCAAGAGAUUAAUUUGUCCAACUAUGCGAUAAACAAGAUCAUAAAAUCUGCAUUUAAUGAGUUGAUCGAUCCAUCCCUGGGGUUCGAUUUAGAUACCAAUAUUAGGGAAAUGGCGACCUCAGUGGCAGAACUGGCUUUUCUAUGCUUGCAGACAGAUAGGGAUAUGAGGCCUAGUAUGGUUGAAGUUUUGGAUAUUCUAAAGGAGAUUCAGACUAGUGAAUUUGACAAUGAGAAGAAAGCUAAAGCAGUAGCAGCCCUCCUUUCCCUGAAUCAGAAAAUCUGUUAUUGUUGAAGCAAGUCAAAUCACUACCUUCACCAAAUUCUUUGACUGAUAAAUGGUUUACUUGCUCUGAUAUAACUAGCACAACUAGUUAAAGUUCUAUAGCCCCUUUCUUUAUGUUCUUGAUGUGAAUUUUGAGAGACUAUGAAUGUAGUACUGUGAGAAAAUUCUUGAACUAUGUAUCCAUGAGUUGAAGUGAUUCAAUUUUUAGUUUCAUUACAUAAGAAUUAAGUUAUAUACAUUGGUAGUGUAAUGAAAGUUUUACUCUAUUUGUACAGUU